GUGAUUUCUGGGCCCACUUCAGGUCCUCCAACUAAACCUACUUUUGUAGAUAGAGCUCUUAGAGCUGGAAGGGAUUUUAGAGACCCUUUCAGGCGGAUGUUGAGGGCAACAGAGGAAAAAUAAAUUACCUGAAGCCACACAGCUAAUGAGACCUGGAAGUGGUGCCAGGGGUCUUCUGACUCCUAAGUUGGCUGUCCACUGGGUCCCCUUCUUGGUGCUGUUCCUUGGCUUUUAUGGAGACACAGCAGAGUGAAGGGUGAGAAGCUGGGUCGGUGGAAGGCACAACUGUGGAACAGAUGGACUCCAUCCUCAAGGGCCAACCAUCGCAUCUUGUGGACCCCUUCAUCUGCUGAUGGUGCUGCCCAGGACCUGAGGGUUCUUAGACCACCCUUUCUCCGGUCGUGCUCCAGGGCAUUGUACAGAAAGCCACAGAGGUGUCCUGACUAGAUGCACCAUGAACCUGACCAGUGGACAACAGGAGGCAGGAGGGAAUGAGCAGAUACAUGUCAUCGUCUUCCUCUCUCCUGUGGGCUACCCCAAGGGUGUGGUGUCUACCUGAAGAACAUUGCACUUUAUAAGGAAAGAUGUUGUCUCCAAAUGAUAAAAAGUUAGAAAAGCUAGAUCCGUUUUACCGACCUUCAGUGUCCGAGCAGAAGACUAGUGCAGAAAUCAUAAGUGAAGCACGAAAUGCCUUAAGAACUCUUAGGACCCAAAGACCAUUUACACCACGGGAAGACCAAAGAAAACUAUUUGGACGUGCAUCUUCAAGAACACCAGAAAAUAGACCCCCGUCUUCCUUCAGCAUCCAUGCAUCCAGUUUUGAGUCCUCUGAUUCCAGGCCCAUCUUUGGCACACGUCUCAGUCCACUAGAGCUUAAACCAAAAGCUCCAGCAUCUCCUGCCACAGAAGAGGAUCCCUGCCCUUCCUUUCCAAAACCCCCAGUGGACCCCGCGAAGAUUAGAAGGAUAAGCAGUGCCCGGGCGCGCUUACUCAGGGCGGCCUCGCAGGGGGCUCUUCUGCCAGACAGGACCCUUCCUCCUGCUCAGCCAAAGAAGAGAGUUGAACCCAAAGAAACAGUUACGAUGGGGGACUCUAUGGUGAAAGUACAUGGGAUUUAUUUAACAGAAUCAAAUGCCAUUGGCCACUUGAGUCACCCACUUCAGCUAACGUAUGACGGAGACUUCGGUGAAAUCAAGGAGCAAGAAAUUUUCAAAGGGACAGCAUCCUUGCCAUCUCAUCUCAGAAGUGGAGGGGACCAGGGGAAGAGGCGUUCAAGGGCCUCCUUAUGCUCCCGAAGCUCAGACCGGAGCAGGCUAGACACCAAAACAGACUCAAAACUCGACUUGCAAGAAAAGGAUACAGAAAUAGAAGUAGGUGAAGUCUUUUGGAAUACAAGGAUCGUACCGAUUUUGCGUGAAUUAGAAAAAGAAGAAAACAUUGAAACGGUUUGUGCGGCUUGCACACAACUUCAUCACGCUUUAGAGGAAGGAAACAUGCUUGGAAGUAAAUUUAAGAGAAGAAGUAUUCUCCUGAAGACCCUAUAUAAACUAGUUGAUGUUGGCUCAGACUUGCUGAGCCUUAAACUUGCAAAAAUUAUUCUAGCACUUAAAGUGAGUGGAAAGAAUCUUCUUAGUGUCUGCAAGCUUAUAUUUAAAAUUAGCAGGAGUGAGAAGAAUGAUUCUCUGAUUCAAAAUGAUGGCAUUCUGGAAUCAUUAUUGGAGGUCCUGAGAAGUGAAGAGCUGCAAGCUAACACCGAAGCUUUCUUAUACUGCAUGGGGGUGAUCAAAUUCAUUUCUGGAAAUCCAGGAUUUCUUCAUGAAAUGAUUGGCAAAGGUGCUGUUGAAAUAUUGAUGAAUUUGAUGACGCAAAUAAAUGAGAACACCAAGAAAUCUGGCACAUGUUUGCCUAAUUCAGGCCACUUGUUAGUCCAAAUGACUGCUACGCUGAGAAACUUGGUUGACUCACCACUAGCAAGAAGUAAGUUGCUAAGCAUCAGUGCCCUUCCCCAGCUCUGCACAGUGAUGGGACAGUACAUAGGUGACAAGGAGGUCUGCACCAAUGUUGCCAGAAUAUUCAGCAAAGUUACUACUUAUCAUGACUGCUGUGUAGCCUUGGCCAACUACUCCAGAUGCUAUGCCUUGUUUUUGAAUCUGAUAAACAAAUACCAGAAGAAGCAGGAUUUAGUCGUUCGUAUUGUUUUUAUUCUUGGCAACCUGACAGCGAAAAAUAACCAGGCUCGUGAGCAGUUUUCCAAAGAGAAAGGGAGCAUCCCAACUCUGCUGUCUUUAUUCCAUACGUUCUACACACUGGAUCUGCAUUCCCAGAAGCCCCUGGGGGAAGGAGAAGAGAGGCCCAAGGCGCCGAGGCCGGCCCAGGCGGAGGACGUGCUCAUCAAGCUGACCCGCGUGCUCGCCAACCUGGCCAUCCACCCGAGCGUGGGCCCAGCCAUCGCCGCCCACCCGCGCAUCGUGGGCCUGCUCCUCGCCAUGCUGGAAUCUAAGUCCAUUGAUGAUUGUGAGGAGCUGGUGAUCAAUACUACGGCGACGAUCAACAACUUAUCUUACUACCAAGUGAAGAAUUCCAUAAUUCAAGACAAAAAGCUAUAUAUUGCUGAAUUGCUCUUAAAGCUCCUUGUGAGUCACAACAUGGAUGGAAUCCUGGAGGCUGUACGUGUUUUUGGAAAUCUCUCCCAGGAUCAUGACAUCUGUGAUUUCAUUGUGCAGAGAAAUGUUCACAAGUUCAUGAUUGCUCUGCUGGAUGCUAAGCAUCAGGAUAUUUGCUUUUCUGCCUGUGGUGUUCUUCUAAAUCUCACCGUGGAUAAAGACAAGCGUGUCAUCCUAAAAGAAGGAGGUGGCAUUAAAAAGUUAGUGGAUUGUUUAAGGGAUUUUGGUCCCACUGAUUGGCAGCUGGCCUGCUUGGUGUGCAAAACUUUAUGGAACUUCAGUGAAAAUAUCACCAGUGCUUCGUCAUGUUUUGGAGAUGAGGCCGCCAACACACUCUUAGUCCUGCUCUCAUCGUUUUUAGAUGAAGAACUAGCACUGAAUGGGAGUUUUGACCAAGACCUAAAAAACUAUCACAAACUCCAUUGGGAAACAGAAUUCAAACCGGUGGCACAGCAGCUUCUAAACCGAAUUCAGAGUCAUCACACCUUCCUGGAACCCCUGCCUGUUCCUUCUUUCUAACAUGAUGCAGAUAAACAACAGAAACAGGAAGUCAGGUCUCCUUCAUUCUUAAGAAGUGGCAACAUAUGUGAACUUUUUUUCGGUAUUAACAAAUAUUGAAAGUUUUUCAGGUACUGAUUUUAGUGAGUAGUCUUAGUAUUUUAAAAGAAAUAAGCAUUUCUUCUUGUUAGAUAGUAUGGAAAAAUGAAUAUACAUGUUGUACUUUCUGCUAUGAGAAAUGUAAGAUGAAAAUAUAUGCAUGGGAUUUCUAAGUAAAUGACUUUUUCUUCUAUUCUCUAUUAAAUAAUUUAGUUUUAGUCUUAAAAUCCUGACUUAACAAUUCUAGAAUUUAAGUGCUUGUCAGUUCAGUAAAUGAACUGUGCAAUGAAGACUGUUAGGUUUUGUGUAUAGAAAGAAUGGUGGUCAACACUAUUAGGAAUACAUUACUACAUAAGCAUCUGCACUAAUUCUUACAGCAUCUAAUAAUAAUUUUCUGGUUAGGUACCAGUAUUUUUCUCGUUGUCAUAUUAAGAGAAGGGGUAAGCAGAAACGUUUAGAGAAGAUUGCUAGGGGCCAUCUACUCUUUACUAAAUAAGUAAAAUAGAUGGAAAAAGGAGUAUUUUACCUUUUUAUUUUCAUUUGAAGUAAAAUGAGUAGACCAGACAGUUCUUCUACUUAUAACUCUCUGUGACUAGGGAGGUGA